AUGUUGGACCUUGGAGGGGAGUGGAGGAGAGGGGUGGAGCAGUCUUUCCCGACUUCUCUAUGUCUAUAUAAUGCUAUAGAACCCCAAUUGAUAAGUGAAACAUUUAUUCUUUUGCUUGCUUCUACAUUGUUUUGCAGAGAACUUUAUAGCAGCCAUAUUCACCCUGAUGUGAAGCAAAGUGUCGAAUCAUCUUUCCCACACUAUGGGCACUCAGGCAUAGUUGAGGCUGCACGUGAUCUUUAUAUGCAAAUUGAAGGAAAUCCUGCAGAUAAUGUGGAAAAUUACAAAAUGCCAAUUGAAGUUAUGAACUGCACUUCUUUACCCAUUUGCAAUUUGUAUGGAGAUACAGAAUCAGAAAGCAGCUCUGGUUUCCUUUCCUCAUUGCUGGGAGCUGGAUGUGAGUGCGAUGGAUAUAGUCUGCGCAUAGUUGGCCAUUCCCUCGGAGGUGCCAUUGCUGCUUUGCUAGGACUGAGGUUAUAUCAUCGGUACCCAACUUUACAUGUCUAUGCAUAUGGACCCCUUCCAUGUGUGGAUUUGGUCAUAGCAGAAGCAUGUUCAGAGUUCGUUACAAGCAUUGUACACAACAAUGAAUUUUCUGCACGGCUUUCAGUUGGAUCAAUCCUACGGCUUCGUGCUGCGGCAAUUGUGGCACUCGCACAGGAUUCCAAAACUGAUACAGCCUUGAUUUUUAGGCUUGCUCGUCAAUUUCUCUUUGUGGGCAAGAAUCAAAGAGGGAGGACUAGGGUAGUUGAUCCAUCAGAGCUACAUUCUGCAGCCACCACAACAGAAGAACUGGAUCACAAAGUCCAUGUGGGAAGCAAUAAGGUGGAUCAAAGCUAUUCUCUCUGGAAUGAAUCAGACAGGACCAAUAGUGGUGGUGAUACAGAUGAUGACAAUUUUGAAAAUCCAUUUUAUGACAGUUCUGCUGUCGUAAAAUCAUUGGACGAUCCUGUAUCGCAAUUUCUGGAAACUAUCCCCAGAUCUGAAAAUGGGUCAGCUGGGGAUCAUGCAGAGAUGUUUCUACCAGGCCUUGUGAUUCAUAUGGUACCACAACAAAGGCACAACAGUAUGCCCUUGUGGAAAGGCUGGAGACUACAAGAGAGUUCACGGAAUUAUAGAGCUUAUUUAGCAAACAGAGAUGUCUUUAAAGAUAUUGUUGUGUCACCAAGUAUGUUCUUUGAUCAUCUACCUUGGAGAUGUCACAAUGCCUUGAGAAAGGUGUUGGAAUCUCAGAAUGACAAAGGCCUGCUUGACAUAUCUCAAAUCGUGUGGGUCUGCAUGAACCAGACCCUGGACUUGGAAAAGGAUAGGAGCACCAGCAUGAUUAAUUUGUACAGCGGCGGUUGCUCUGCAUUCCAAUAUUCAUAA